AUGGAGGAAGCUCCGGCUAUUGGAGAGUUGCAUGAUGACGAUUGCGGUCAGAUAUUUCAGACUACGCAUUGUCGUACCCCCGAUGGCCGUUAUAUGGUGCAACUUCCUUUGCGGCGCGACGCCCCAGAGCUUGGUGACUCCUAUGCAUAUGCAGCGCGACAUUUCUACGGGCUCGAGCGUCGUAUGAUCGCUGAUCCUACUCUAAGGGAGAAAUACGUGAACUUUAUGUGGGAAUAUGCGGAAAUUGGUCAUAUGGAGCCAGUGGAGACGGCACACAAUCACAGCGGAUGCUACUGUAUUACUACUAUCCCACAUCAUGCGGUUUCUGUGAAAUUCCGAGUGGUGUUUAACGCUUCGGCGCCGACUACUACGGGAGUGUCCCUCAAUGACAUUCAGCUAGUGGGCCCAACGCUUCAUGAUCCGCUCAUCAACGUACUCUUGCGAUUUCGACGUUAUAGAGUGACG